CGUCCUCAGCAAACCUGACCCCGCCCCCGCCCCCGCCGGGAAAGAGAAGAGAAGAGAAGAGAAGAGUAUAUGCCAUGUUAUCCCCUCGCGUCGUCCGGCCCCAGCCCCACGACGGCGCGGCCUCCGCCGGCUCCUCCUCGUCGCGGCGCCACAUGGUGGACCGCGUGUCCGAGUGGGAGCUCGGCCUCCCCUCGGCCGCCGAGCUGACGCCCGUCUCGCAGCCGCUCAUCCCGCCGGCCCUCGCCGCGGCCUUCGGGAUCGGCCCCGCGGACGCGCUCUCCUCCCCCGUGGACGCCGGCUUCCUCCACGACUCGCCCACCUCCCACCUGACCCUCAGGUUCGACGAGUACGACGAGGAGGACGAGGAGGAGGGGGAGGGCGAGACCGACGACGCCGCCGCCCCCGGGGGCCGGAGGGGCGGCGGCGGCGGCGGGAAGAAGGCGAGGAUGGUGUGGACGCCGGAGCUGCACCACCGGUUCGUCGAGGCCGUCGAGCACCUCGGCGAGAAGGGCGCCGUGCCCAAGGCCAUCGUGCGCCUCAUGAACGUCGACGGCCUCACGCGGGAGAACGUCGCCAGCCACCUCCAGAAGUACCGCCUCUACCUCAAGCGCUCCAGCCCCGGCGCCGCCGCGCCCGCGCCGCCGCCACCGCCCUUCUUUCCCCGCUUCGACGUCCAGCGACCGCAUCAAGACUCCGCCAACCGGAGCGGUUACUGCGCGUAUCCCAAGCAAAUGACCCUUGUGAUUCGACACUCAACUCAGAGUUCAGAACACAGCGGCAGACAGAGUACUUGCUGGAAGCAUUCCACCUUCAGCACCGAGCAGCUGAAACAAGGCAGAAGCUCGGCACAGUGCAGGCAGAGACCGCGAAAAGCAGCUUCGGCGAUGCCAAAGUGAGCACAAGAAGAGCACUAAGUUCAGUCAGGAACAAUUUCAAGGAAAUCCAGCGAAGGCUGGAGAUUUGGCUCGCGAGAAUCCUCGGAGACCUCGAGGGCAUGCUGGCGAGGGACGGGGCAUCCCGGAUAAGAGAGUACAUUCUGUCCCCCUACGCGUCUGCUGUUCGAUGAGCCGGGCUGCUAUGGAGCGUUUCUGACUUCAAUCGUCGAUGUGUGCACUACAUUGAUGCGCCGUCGUCAGGUAAGUUACCGAAUGCAAAUUCAGCAUGUGAAGCCAUCAGGCUCCCUGUGUGUCUUGGUUGGUAUUAUUGCAACCCUUGGCAAAUGUGAAGAGGAGUGAUCUAAGACCAUGUCAAACCUCAGAUCACAUUUUGAUCCAACCCUCUACAAACAGUAAUCUCUUUCUCCUCCCAGUAUCAAGGUUUGACACCGAGUCUGGUCAUGUUUUAGAUCACUUCUCUUCACAUUUUAUCAAGAUUACUGUCAAGAAAACCGCGUGACAGGGGUGCAUCCAGUUUGCGGGCUCGUGGUGUUUAUGUCCCUUGCCGUAGUUCAUUUGGGUAGCAGUUGUACAUGUGGUAUGUGCUUAUGAUUUCUGGUGGAUUCAUCAUAUUUACUGUAUGCCUGUAUGUAGCACAUUUCUUUGAUGCACAGAACUGUACCAGUCUUGUUAUUAGUCUAUAAGAUUAUUACUGAUCUGUGUA